AUGCGUUUGUCCUCCGUGUUUCUGACAGCCUCGACUGUCGUCAGCCAGGCUGUUGCAUCUCCCGUCUUGAAGAGAGACACGGAAGCGACUGACCGCGCAAACGCCGUCAAGCAGGCCUUCCAGAUUGCCUGGGAUGGCUACUAUGCCCACGCUUUCCCGCAUGACGAACUGCAUCCAGUGGACAAUGGCUAUGAUGAUAACUACGACGGCUGGGGCGCCUCUGCAGUUGACGCCAUCUCAACGGCGGCUAUCAUGGGAAAUGCCCAAGUUGUCGAUCAAAUACUCAAUUACAUCGCCACCAUUGACUUCACAAAGUCAAAUGAGACCACAAUCAGCUUGUUUGAGACCACAAUCCGCUACUUGGGGGGCCUGUUGGCCGGUUACGACCUGCUCGCCGGCCCGGCUGCGAACCUUGUGUCCGACAAAAGCCUAGUAGAUGCUCUGUUGACCCAGGCCCAGUCUCUUGCCGACAGCCUGAGUUACGCUUUUGAAACGCCAUCUGGCGUUCCAUACAACAACCUGCUUCUGAAUAGUCGCGGCAACGACGGCUCGACUACCAAUGGCUUGGCUACGACAGGGUCUUUGGUCCUCGAGUGGACGCGUUUGUCAGACUUGACAGGAAAUAAGACCUACGGCGAAAUCGCUCAGAAGGCAGAAUCAUAUCUUCUGAAUCCGCAGCCAGCUUGGACCCAGCCUUUCCCCGGUCUGGUUGGUAGCAAUAUAAAUAUCUCUAAUGGUCAGUUUGUUGACGACUACGUUACCUGGAACGGUGGAGACGAUUCGUUUUACGAAUACCUUAUCAAGUUCUUUGUCUACAGCCCUAGUAGAUUCUCCGAGUAUCGGGAUCGUUGGUUAGCUGCAGCCAAUUCAACGCUCGAGUAUCUACUUUCACACCCCGUGCCCCAGCCAGACCUCACAUUUGUUAAUAUCUGGGACAAUGGUACAUUGAUCUCAAGUAGCGGACAUCUGACAGGCUUCAUUGGUGGCAACUUUUUGUUAGCUGGCUCUGUGUUGGAUCGUCAAGAUCUAAUCGACGCUGGUUUAGCUUUUACUGACUCGUGGUAUGCAACUUACAAUGCAACAGCCACUAAGAUUGGUCCCGAGGGUUUCGCAUGGGAUGAAGCUGGAGUUCCAUCUGAUCAGAAGACAUUCUACCAAGUUAACGGGUUUUAUAUCACAUCAGCGGACUAUGUCUUGAGACCCGAAGUAAUGGAAAGCUACUACUAUGCCUAUCGUGUGACAGGUGACGAAAAGUACCGAGACUGGGCCUGGGACGCGUUUGUUGCCAUCAACUCCACGACCCACGUGGGCUCUGGAUACAGUGGAAUUGAGAACGUCAACGUGGCUGGGGGGGAUGGAUUUGACAAUGAGCAAGAGACAUUCCUCUUCGCCGAGGUAUUGAAAUACGCAUAUAUGAUCCAUGCAGAUGACGCCGACUGGCAAGUCAAAGCCAAUGGCAAGAACAAAUUCGUCUUCAAUACCGAAGCUCACCCCGUCCUCAUCACUAGCUAG